AUGCGAACUCUCUCGCGUCUACCUUGGGGCUUCCCCGCACGCCCCCGCGUGCCCCUUGGCAGGCCCCAAAUCUCGCAAGCUUCAUUGCUCGCGACCGCGAGAACCGCCCGGUUGAACAGUUCCAGCGCAAAUAGCAGUCAUAAUGAACAGAGGAAAGACUCUGGAAAUUCGGGAUCAUAUUCUGGCUCGUCCAAUUCCUGGUCUGCAGGCCGGACGCUAUUGAUUUCGGGCCUGGCCGCUGGCGCAGGCUAUGCGGGCGCGAUUCUGAGCUGCAAGCCGCAGGGCGAAAACCUUAAGCCGCCCCAGUAUGGAACAAUGCAGGACUUUGAGAAGGCAAUUGCCGAAGUGCGCGCCAAGUUGGGCGAUGACGCGGUUAACACGGACGAGGAUGACCUCCAUCGACACGGAUUCUCUGAAUGGUCAAGUUUGAACGCAGAUCGGUUGCCAGUUGCGAUCGCCUAUCCCAGCAACACGGCGGACGUCGUGGAGAUUGCAAAAAUCUGUCACAAAUACAAAAUGCCCAUGGUUCCGUUCUCUGGAGGGUCGAGUCUCGAGGCGAACUUCUCCGCCCCCUACGGUGGCAUGACAAUUGAUUUCGCUUUGAUGAACAACAUACUGGAGCUUCAUGAGGACGACAUGGAUGUCGUCGUUCAGCCCUCCAUCCAAUGGAUGGACCUGAACGAAAAGAUCAAGGACAGCGGUCUCUUCUUCCCCGUGGACCCCGGCCCAUCAGCCAUGAUCGGUGGUAUGAUCGGCACAAAUUGUAGCGGAACCAACGCGGUGCGGUAUGGGACCAUGAAAGACUGGGUCAUCAACCUCACCGUGGUGCUGGCAGACGGUCGCGUCAUGAAGACGCGCCAGCGCCCUCGCAAAACCUCGGCUGGCUAUAACUUGACGGGAAUGUUUGUGGGCUCGGAGGGGACACUCGGCAUUGUCACUGAAGCGACCCUCAAGCUGGCUCCGAUUCCAGAAGAGACUCGCGUCGGGGUAGUUGCCUUCCCAACUAUGCGUGAUGCUGCUUCAACCGCCAUGCAGGUGAUCAAGAAGGGCGUUCCCGUGCAAUGUAUGGAGAUUUUGGAUGACGUGCAAAUGGAUGUCAUCAAUCGUGCUGGGGGUACGGGACGAACCUGGGCGGAGUUACCUACGCUGUUCUUCAAGUUCUCUGGCACCAGUGCCGGUGUUGCGGACAGCAUAAAUCUGACCACAAACCUUGCGAAAAAGAACAAUGCCGCGUCCUUCGAGUUCGCUCAGAACGAGCGGGAAGCUCAUGAUUUAUGGUCCGCCAGAAAGCAGUCAUUGUGGAGUAUGAUGGCGCUGCGGAAGGAAGGCUCCGAAGUGUGGUCUACGGAUGUCGCCGUUCCGAUUUCCAGACUCCCUGAUAUUAUCGAGUACUCGAAGAAGGACCUCGACGGAUUAGAUCUUUUCGCCAGCAUUCUCGGACACAUUGGUGAUGGAAACUUCCACUCCAGCAUCAUGUAUAAUCGCCACGACCCCGAGGAGCGACAGCGUGUGGAGAAAGUCGUCUAUGAUAUGGUCGAUCGGGCCUUGGAGAUGGAAGGAUCUUGCACAGGUGAACAUGGUGUAGGCCUGGGCAAGAAAGAGUCCUUGAAAAAGGAACUUGGUCCGUGUACAAUUGACGUGAUGCGGAGUAUCAAAGCAGCCCUGGACCCUCACUGGUUAUUGAACCCGGGCAAGAUCUUCGAUUUUGAGCGGAGGAAAUAA